AUGUGGGAAGAUGAUGACAUACAAAUACAAUCUCGAUCUUCACCUAUUCCUGGACGAGAUCUUGAAGCAGAUGGAAUAACACCAUAUACUGAUUUAGCAUCAGAUGAUCUACAUAUGUUUAAUAAAUAUAAAGAAGUAAUAACAGAACUAAUUCGUGAAGAACCUGAUUUACAUUUCCCCGACGAUUUUGAAUUCUUUCCAACAAGUGUUGCUAGACAAAUUGAAUCAUCUAAGAAUUGCUAUUUUCGUAUUGAUUUACCACAUUGUAUUAUGACAGUCAAAAUUAUUCCACAUCCGCAUGCCAGUGAUCUUAGAAAUGAUGUAACUAUUCAUCGAGAAAAUUUUGUAGGUCGUGAACCAUCUAUCACUGAACUUAUCUUGUGA